UGUGUUACAUUUGUUUUUGGUUUAAACACGGAGAUUUAAGUGUCUGGGGUUUUUCAAUGAACCAGGCUAAAUUCCAUUUCUCCUAUUUUUUCACACAUCAUCUUUCUCAUUCUUUCAAAAUUUCAAAAUUUUCACUCCUCUCUCUUGUUUUGCUCGCUGCCCCAACGUUUCUUUUCAAAUCUUCAUCUGUGUAAAAUAGCUUUCUUUGCCCUCUGUCAAUAGCAGCUUCCAAUUUCUCUCUUCGAAUCUUCGUCUGUCAAUCGCAGCUUUCAAUUGAGAUUUGAUCUCAGGCGCUGCGUUUUCCCAAAUCUGCGGUGCGUCUGGGACCGACUGCUUUCCGGGUUCAGUGGCUCUGUCCCUGCGUCGUGGGUUCGGUGCUUCGCUUGUUCGCAGUUGUAUCGCAGGUUCCGAUGUCGGCUUCCACGGUGUCCAUCACCGCGGCUAACCCGGGGGCGCGUCGGAGGCCGGUGCUCGCUACCGAGAGGAAAACUGCCACCAACAUCGAGCUCCUCGCCAACGACGUCGCUGCCUCCCCCGCAGUCGCGACUUCCGGCGAAGGUGCCACGGGCGCCGGGCGCGACCUUAGCCACUACUCCAUUCGAGGCGAGGCGGUUCUUGACCGGAUCCCUCGGGAUUUGGCUCCGGUGAAGAAGGUCGCCGGGUCAGGUGGGAACUCCGCAUCGCUUCAACUGCGGCGGGCGAGGAAGUCUGCCGUGAAGGCAGAGAAGCCGCGGUGGCUGACGGUGGUGAGCAUUUUUGGGAAGAAUUUAGUGCUGUUGGUGGUGCUUGCGGGGCUGGUUCAGUUGAUCCGGCGGCUGGCGUUGAAGUCCGGUGAUGGUGAUGUCGGAGGGUACGCCGGGUUGUCGGAAUUCGAGGGAAGGAUUUCGGAUGUGGAGGGACUGUUGAAGAAGACGGCUAAGAUGAUUCAGGUGCAAGUUGAUGUGGUGGAUAAGAAGAUUGUAAGAAUAUUGAAGAUGAGGGUCAGAGGGUUAAGAAGGGAAUUGAAUGAGAAAAUUGAGGAGAAAGGGGUGAUUUUUCAAAGUGGGUUGAAAGCACGGGCUGCUGACUCUUGGAUGGUCAGGCAUCAGGAUGGAGAGGUUUUGAUGAUACACCGGAGGUUGGGUUGAGACUUUGAAUUUGCUGAACGUGAGGAGUGUGAAGGGGGGUGGGUUCAGGGUGGUGGUUUGGAUGAAAUAAGAGAUUUUGCAAGAGAAGUGAUGAGAAGGAGAUUGAGAAAUGCUGCUGAUGGCCUUGGGAGAGGGAUAUGCUUUCUACGCACCAGCGGCGGUGCGGUGGUGAGCCAUUCGAGGUGUCUCAUAUGGGGAGUGAAAUUGGUUAAAGUCUGGUCAGAAAUGGUGUCCACCCAAUGCGGAAGGAUGUUAAAAACCGGCUUUGGCAGGCCAGGCAGUGUUUUUCCCCCCUUGAAGGAUAGUAAGGGUUUUGUUCAGAUUAGUGCUCGCCUGCGGGGGCCAUCAUUCCCAGGCUGUCACCUUGGAACAUGUAGCAAAGGUGACGAAUUUUCGUUCUAAAUCUAAACAUUUUGUGUUCAUGUCAGCUGUUGGUAUGGUAUAUAACGGUUUUUUUGACUGUUCCUUAAAUUUACUUAAGUAUUAGAAUAGAUGAAAUGUUUGAUAUCGAAAUUUAUGUUUGCAAAUAUAUUAUGCAUAUCUCAUGUUUAUGCCUUGGCCCCUUCUUUCUACUUUUGGCAAACUCAGUUUAUGAUUUGCAAUGGAUGAUGUGUGCCAUGCAUUAAGUUAUUUAUCCCUAAUAUAUACAUGGAUCUUAAAAUACACAAAUUAGUAUUUUAAGAUUGAUUAUUAGACUAUUAUAAGAUACCUUGUAAUUUCUUAGUGCAUUGAUAGGACCAAAAGUGAAUACAAUAACACUAAUAAAGUUGAGAAAGUUAAGUGAUGUUUUACCUGUAACUUUAUUUCUUAUUUUCAUUUUAUGUUUUCGCUUUUUACUUGUAACUAAUAAAUGACAUUUUGUUUUCAAUUUAUUUCCUGUUACACUGAACUCCAUUUUUUUUUAUACUUUUAAAUUUCCAGUAUGAUAAUUUUUCUGUCCAACAGAGCGUUGCAUAUGACAGAUCAAGUGCCCCUAAGACUUGUGGGUCCUGAGGUUGGCUCAGGCGUUAAUGGUGAUUCGCAGUGACUUUGAAAAGAUGUAUCAUCUAUCAGAAUUUACGUAUGACCUAGAGAAGAGCAAUGCUCCGAAGGCAACGUGUUGAACUCAUGUGCCUUUUGGUCUCAUCAACCACACGGUAAGGCUCGAUUUUACAUCCAACCAUGGAAGCCCUUCACACACAUGUAUAUAUCGGUUUAGAGUUCAUGGUCACGAACCUGACUCGGUUUCUAUGAUGUCAUUGGAGUCAUAAUGUGUAUGCCAGUGUUUUGCUUUGAGUUUUGUCAGUUUUUGUGUAAUUGUUCAGUGUAUUUUGUUUAGAUGUAGAAUAGGAUGUUGUGGAUUCCUUAAUUGCUAGAUGCAGUCAUUUUUAACUUAUUAUUGCUACCUCAAAUGGAUAUUGUAUGUACUGUAUGAUUCUGAUAUAGGCAAUUGGUAGAUCUUGUUUCUGGCAAAGCA